AGCGCCCUCUAGCUGUGUUCUCCUCGGCAUAGACGACCGUGACACAGAUAGAUAUGGCUCUUUUACCGGCUUUCGGGCGUGCUACUGCAGCUAUUUCCAAGAAGGGACAUUUGCACAGUCUGUCAAGGUGGACCGCCUCCUCUCUUGUUGGCCACAAGAGGCGUUACUCUGAGGGGGCAGCGGAGCAGGACCUCGUCGUGAUUGGGUCUGGACCGGGCGGGUAUGUUGCCGCAAUCAAAGCUGCCCAGCUGGGCAUGAAGACGGUAUGCAUCGAGAAGAACCCCACUUUAGGCGGAACCUGUCUCAACGUGGGCUGCAUUCCUUCCAAGGCCCUGCUCAACAACUCCCACUAUUAUCACCUGGCCAAGUCCAAUGACUUCAAGAACAGGGGCAUAGACAUUGGCGACCUCCAGCUGAACCUACCCAAGAUGAUGGAGCAGAAAUCCGGGGCAGUCAAGGCCCUGACCAACGGCAUUGCACACCUUUUCAAACAGAACAAGGUAGCCAGAGUGGAGGGGCAUGGUAAGAUAACCACACCCAAUGAAGUGGCUGUACUGUAUCCAGAUGGAAAGGUCAAAGAGGUCAUCAAGACAAAGAACAUCCUUAUAGCAACGGGGUCAGAGGUCACGCCAUUUCCAGGAAUAGAAAUUGAUGAAAAGACAGUCGUGUCGUCCACCGGUGCGCUGUCGUUAGAGAAAGUUCCAGAACACAUGGUGCUAAUAGGAGCCGGGGUGAUCGGACUGGAGCUGGGUUCUGUGUGGCAGAGGCUAGGGGCUAAAGUCACGGCGGUGGAAUUCCUGGCACACGUAGGCGGCAUGGGUAUCGACAUGGAAAUAUCGAAGAACUUCCAGAGGAUUCUCAAGAAGCAAGGCAUCAGCUUCAUGAUGAGCACCAAGGUGACAGGGGCCACCAAGACGGACGCGGGUAUCUCGGUCGCCGUGGAGUCCGUCUCUGACCCCGGCAAGAAGCAGGAGCUACAGUGCGACACGUUACUGGUCUGCAUCGGCCGACGGCCGUACACACAUAAUUUGGGACUAGAGGAUGUCGGUAUUGAACUGGAUGACAAAGGCAGGGUGCCAGUUAAUGAGAGAUUUGCAAGCAAAGUGCCAAGCGUCUUUGCCAUUGGUGACUGCAUCCACGGACCCAUGCUGGCCCACAAGGCGGAAGAUGAGGGCAUCAUUUGCGUGGAGGGUAUCGCGGGCGGGGCAGUCCACAUCGACUACAACUGCGUGCCCUCGGUCAUCUACACCCACCCGGAGGUGGCCUGGGUGGGGAAAUCGGAGGAGCAGCUGAAGGAGGAGGGCGUGGCCUACAAAGUGGGCAAGUUCCCCUUCGCUGCCAACAGCCGGGCCAAGACCAACUCCGACACUGAUGGACUCGUCAAGAUUCUGAGCGAUGCCACCACGGACAGAAUGCUGGGGGCCCACAUCAUGGGACCCAACGCCGGGGAACUGAUUAACGAAGCGGCGUUAGCAAUGGAGUACGGCGCGUCCUGUGAAGACGUAGCGAGAGUGUGCCACGCUCACCCGACGGUGUCCGAAGCUUUCCGCGAGGCCAACAUGUCGGCGUACAUCGGCAAAGCGAUCAACUUUUAAAUUGCUGUAAAUACCCUCACAAAAUAGUUCUAACAAUCACUAAGUAUUUUCAGUUCAUGACUGCCCUGGGUUUGGGCACAGAGUGUAUUAUUGAAUUUAUUAUUGAGUCUGUCUCUAGCUCGUCUUGCAGCAUCUUCAGAAAUAAUUGAUUGUUACUCCGUUUAACUGUCUAAAACUUGUUUGACCUCCUACCCCUCAACAGUAAAAUUGAGUUUACUUUCCGUUCCUUUAAACUUUCAUACACGACAUUAUUCUAGUCUUUUCCUGUGUGGUGCUUUGUUAAUGGGCAUUGCAAGUGUUGCGUUUUCUUGGACAGUUAAAAAUGAACACCGUCAAGAAGGUAGCAUUACCGCACGAUAGGUCUCGUCAGGGAAUUUGGCCAGAUACCUGAAAUGAUCGUUUGAAAUAUUACUUUCUUCAUUUGAAUUUGGCCCCUUUCUCCCGAUAAAGUCUUCAAGGUUAGUAGUCUGCUUAUUGCAUUUUAUCAUAAUUUUUUUAAUGUUCUGAAAGAUGUAUCCGAUGAUUAUUUAUUUUAUCCAUCAUGCCUCUAUGAUUUCUACAUUGUUUACAAGAGCACUUCUUGCAUACCAUAAACUUGGAAAUUGUUCAUCCGGUGUGAAUACCAGCAACAAAAUAUACAGAACAGCAUCCCCAAUAAAACAAGUUUUCAAAACUGA